GUUACACGAUUGCUGCUAAACAGUUUAUAGGGAUUUCCCCCUGUGACAGCUUUUACGAUCAUCAUCUUCUUUUAGUCACUGCCCAUUUCGUUUCAUUUCUUUCUUGAUAGGACGAGUUCAAGCCAUGGCAGCCGAGAAUCAAGAGACGACCAAUGGGUGGCCACUUGGGCUACAAAUAAUGGCCAUGAAACUCCGAUUACAAGAAAGAAUACAGUAUUCAACUCCAGCCGUUGAACCACACUCUCCGCACAUUCCCUCCCCCAGUUUUUCUUCAUUCUGUUCCUCUUCAAACAUUGACACGGAGUCCACAGCAUCAUUUUUCCAAGACAACAACAUUUCUCUGGGGAAGCUUAUCGGGUUCAGACAACGCGACACGGGCUCAGUACUGCACUUGCAAGGCACAAUAGGUGCUGAACAAAACACCAUAGUUUCAGGUGUUUGUAACUGCAACGAUGUCUCGAGACGACACUGCGGAGAUUUGUGUGGGCAGGGCCAGGGAAUAUGCAUUCCUAUGAUACUAGGCACCCUCGUGAAGAUUACUAGAAGCAGGAGCAAGUCAAAGUGAGAUUUGAAUGUUUGAGACUUUAGGGUAUCCAAGAAUCCAUCUGAGUUUUCUUCAAUGGCAAGAUAACUUUUGUUGACCUCUACCAAUACUUUUUGUUUUGUAUUCAGAAAUCAAAUUGCCCAUUAG